UGAGAUUCAAUUAUUUUAAUCCCAUCCUGGCUGGUCGGGCGCCCCUUGCCAGGGUACAUGCUCCUCUUCAUUUCAAUGAGCAUCAUUGAGCUUACGUAUAUAACGCUGAUCAUGUCCUGUCGCGCGCGCGCAUUCGAGACGACUUUCUUGCUCAGACGAGGAUCUCACGUCUGUCGGCUUUAGUCCUCCUGUUUCUCAUGCCUAUUUGGGCUUGUCGUUCUUUACCAAUUUGAAGUAUGUUCUUCACCACACUCGUUUCUGCUGGGCUUACUGCCUUUGCCUUUACCAACACGGCGACUGCCAUUGCAGUUCGCUCUGGCGACGUUUGCAAGGGUGGCCCUUACACGGCUUACUCUGCUCUGUCCCACUAUCCUGCAGCGCAAACUUAUUGCUCUUCGGCAUAUGCUGCUUCCGCCGUCACCACGUAUGUCACCACUACGUUGACUACGGAAGCUCUUGCGACCAUUACUGUCACCGAGCUGUCGACGGUGAUCCCGACGUCCAGCGUUUCCCCAGCAAAGGCUAAGCGGGGCAAAUGCCGAGGAACACCGGCCUCGCAGUCCGUGCCGGUAUACUCAGCGAACUCAACGGCAUAUCAUAUCCCUCAGUCGACAGGUUACCAUGUCGCUCAAAGCUCGUCAUCAGCCAAGAAGGCCGACCUCUUAUCCAGCCUGAUCUCUGGCCCAUCGUCCGUUGCGAAAGCCGCUUGCUCAUGUCUCGUCGGCACUACUGUCACUGUCACGGCCACCAGCACUGCUUUGUAUUCUAGUGUCGCGACUGCUCCUGCCCAAGUCAGCGGCACAGCAACUGUUACCACCGUGCUCACGGUGACAGAGGCAGUGUCCACAACAUCCGAGAGCAGCAGCAGCAGCUCCAGUACCGUAUCCAGCACUUCUACCACAAGCUCAGCUGCAGCAACUCCAACAUGCUCAUCUGAGACGACACAAUACCAGACGGACAACGAUCUCGUCUGGGAAAUUACCUCCAACAGCCUUUAUGGAGCAACUGAUUCUAACUCGCUUUCCCGCUCUGAGCAACCAGAUCUUAGCAGCUGCCUUGAAGCGUGCUCCGUAUAUCAAGACUGCGCCUACGCCAUCUUCGUCGCUGAUGAGUCCUAUGGAGCUGCUCAUCAGUGUUACUUCCUGAGCAGCAGUGAUGCCGGCUUCGGGACUGGUUACUGUGGAGUUGAUACAGCGAGACUGAUUGCUGCAUAAAAAUGCACCGGGAGGGAGGCUGAAUUGCAUCAGAUGGUCCGAAAUGAUGAGUUCUUAGGCUUUAGUGGAAUUUAUGCGAAAACAUGGUCUUUGUUAAGUCAAGACCUCAGCAGCACGAUCUAUCAACGAAAUCUGACGU